GGUUGGUUAACCCUAGGUGCAGUACGCGCACGAUGCCCUUCUCCUCGGCGCAUUUUAGCAUAAGAAUUCAGAACACUGUUUUUUGACUUUCUUCAACCCUUGUUGCCUGUUGGAUAGCUUUACACAAUUUCGAAUUCCCACAGAGAGAGAGAGAGAGAGAGAAGAUAUUAUGGGAAGCAACUUUCUCUCUCCACCAGCUAAGCGCUCCGCACCCGACCCGUAUCCGUUUCCUCCAAACGGACCUUCAAAGCGCUCCAGGCAAUCCAAGCCUCCGCCUCCGCUGUCCGUGCCGCCCGGCCACGUGGCCUUCCGCCUCCUCUGCAACGCCUCCCGAAUCGGCGGCGUAAUCGGCAAGUCCGGCUCCGUCAUCAAAACUCUCCAGCAAUCCACGGGCGCCAAGAUCCGAAUCGAGGAUGCGCCACAGGAGUUGCCGGACCGCAUCAUCCUGGUAAUUGCUGACGCCGCACUCAGCGGCAAGAUUCUGCUGAGAAACGAAGAGGUCAUUGAGGUGUCGAAGGCGCAGGAAGCGCUGCUGAAGGUGUUCGAUAGGAUCCUCGAAGUGGCGGCGGAGACCGAAGGCGUCGACGUUGGGGACAGGGUGAUGUCUUGCCGGCUCGUGGCGGACGCGGCGCAGGCCGGCUCUGUCAUCGGCAAGGGAGGGAAGGUGGUGGAGAGGAUCAAGAAGGAAACCGGGUGUAAAAUUAGGGUAUUAACUGAUGAUUUGCCACUUUGUGCCUCCGCUUCCGAUGAAAUCAUUGAGAUAGAAGGCAGAGUGUCAUCCGUAAAGAAGGCACUUGUUGCGGUCUCCCAACGUCUUCAAGAUUGUCAUCCUGUUGAUAGAACAAAGAUGAUGGGGAGCAAACCUUAUGAAAUAGUUCAGUAUGAAGCUUUAGAUGCACUUCCUCGUGCAACUUCAACUGCAGCUCCACGUGUGACUUUAACUGCAGCUCCGCGUGGGACUUUAACUGCUGUACAACAUGAGACUGUAGAUCAUCUUUUGCUGAGGAGCUCUGCACUGUCUACUUUAUCCAGUUCCUCUAACAGCUAUGCCACCAGAAUUCAUUCACUGCCAACAGAAGUUAAUAGAGUCUCAUCCUUGGAACCAAAAGCACUUAAGCAGGAAGUCACCUUCAGAAUACUUUGUUCAAAUGAUAGAGUUGGAGGAGUUAUUGGAAAGGGAGGCAAUAUUGUUAGAGCUCUUCAGAGUGAGACAGGGGCUACAAUAAGUAUUGGUCCUGCAGUAGCUGAGUGCGAGGAUCGAUUAAUUACUAUUGCUGCUUCAGAGAAUCCUGAGUCAAGAUAUUCCCCUGCACAAAAGGCUGCUGUGCUUGUUUUCUCCAGGUCCAUUGAGGUUGGUUUUGAGAAGGGGCUAGACUCUGGAUUAAAUAAGGGGUCAAUUGUUACUGUACGUCUCGUAGUCCCAUCAAGCCAAGUUGGUUGUUUGAUAGGAAAAGGUGGAGUAAUAGUUUCAGAAAUGCGAAAGGCAACUGGGGCUAACAUAAGAAUAAUUGGGACUGAUCAGGUGCCAAAAUGUGCAUCAGAUAAUGAUCAAGUCGUACAGAUAUCAGGAGAGUUUUCAAGUGUGCAAGAUGCAUUAUAUAAUGCAAUGGGUAGACUGCGAGAUAAUCUUUUUGUCAGCACACAGAAUAGUGCUGGAACAAGGAGCCUUUCUUCUCUACGAGUUGAUACCAGUCCCUAUGGGAGACAGCAGGAUGUUGUUCCUCUUGGAAGUCAACUGCCCCCAGCCACUUCUCAUAGUCUGAGUAGACAUACUUUUGCUCAAGGCAUUGAUCAUCUUGGUCUUUCUAGAAAUUUAGAUCAUCCUUCUUCACCAGGGUUAUGGACUAGAAAUUUAGACCGUCCUUCUUCACCAGGGUUAUGGACUAGAAAUUUAGACCGUCCUUCUUCACCAGGGUUAUGGACUAGAAAUUUAGAUCGUCCUUCUUCACCGGGGUUAUGGACUAGAAAUUUAGAUCGUCCUUCUUCACCGGGGUUAUGGACUAGAAAUUUAGAUCGUCCUUCUUCACCAGGGUUAUGGGCGCCACCAACAGUGGCUGGGAUAAAUUCCAGAGGCAUUAAUGAUUUUAGUUUGGGAUUGACAUCUCGAAAAGGCGGCUUAGAACUUGUGAGUGGAAGUAAAUCUGCUAUCGUGACUAAUACGAUUGUAGAAAUUGUGGUUCCUGAUGAUACUAUUGACUGUGUAUACGGGGAAAAUGGUAGCAAUUUGGCUCGUCUAAGACAGAUAUCGGGUGCCAAUGUUGUUGUCCAUGAGCCUCGUCCCGGAACAAGUGACAGGAUUAUUGUCAUAUCCGGUACACCAGAUGAAACCCAAGCAGCGCAGAGCCUCCUCCAAGCAUUUAUUCUUAGUGGCUCAUGACAUAUCUCCUUUCCAAUUGCCCAUUAUUUAGUUUUGUUCACUGUAUUGUUUUUCUGUUUUCCUUUUUCUCUCCACCCGAAAUCAUGUAACAUCUAGCCUUGUAUUAUUCCCAAACAGUAGGUGUAGUAAUUUAAAAUGAAUAACUUGAUUCUUUAGUGCAUACCAAAGUAAGUAAGCUUUUCAUUAUUAAAAAAAAAAAAAAAAA